AAAGAAUCGAACCUACCCAAAAUGGCAAACUUAGUAAUCCCCAUGUUCAACGUCUCUGACAUGUGCUCGGUGCUAACGGCAGAAACAGUCAGCAAAGACCAGACCAGACCAGACCAGACCCAAGAUUCAAAAGACCCCGUGACAUGAAUCGUAACGACCACCUCACAUGCAUCGCAUUCCCCGUACAGUCAGCUCGGAAAUGCAGGAGCUCAACCGCGUAGCCCUAUGCCGCUCUCGUCAGCUUAUUGUCUCCUCCAAAAAGUAUCGCAACAUCCGCUACAGCCUCAUACACAGCCUUUCAGAAUUCAAGAGCUGUUAGCACCGUUGAAGACACUAUCCCCACCCCUAGUGUCUCGUUAACGCAAAUUUUCUCGGCUUCAAUCCUCCGAACUCACUCAACAACAUGCUCUGAAUCGUCAGUCAUGUAGCUAAAGCAGCACCGCUCACCAUGAGACAACCUCUUCUCCCAUCGCGAUUUCUUAUCCAGAGCCUCAGAAGCAACGGCCACAAUGCUUCUCCCGGCUCUGUCCUGGCUUUCGCCCCGGUAUUGCGAUGUUUGUUGACGUCAACAAGGCCUCACCAGCGAUAUUAUGCCCACCAUGCGUGCCUCCGUCCUCUUGUAAGGUGCAACAUGCCUGAUAUUAAGCGCAAUGCCUGUGGAUGUGCUCGCACAAGUGGAGGUGGCUGUGGGAGCAGCGGACCGCAAAAGAAGACGGCAUAUAUCGCUCUUGGGAGCAAUAUGGGAGACAGAGUUGCUGAGAUUGAGCGGGCAUGCAACGAGAUGGACCGCCGAGGAAUCAAGGUCAAGAGGACCAGUAGCCUCUGGGAGACAGAGCCCAUGUAUGUUACCGACCAGGAUCGCUUUAUCAACGGCGCUUGUGAGGUCGAGACAGAACUUGACCCUAUAGCCCUUCUAGACCAACUGCAAGCCAUUGAGAAUGACAUGGGGCGAAAGAAGGUCAUCGACAAGGGUCCGCGUAACAUUGAUUUGGACAUACUUUUGUAUGGCGACGAAAAGGUUGACCACGAGCGGCUCAAGGUUCCCCAUAUCGGCAUAUUGGAGCGAGAGUUUGUUCUCAGACCCCUGGUCGAACUCAUUCCGGCAAAAUCAUUGGAUCCGACGAAACCGUGGAAGCUCAUACAGGAUAAUCUAAAUGAGCUGCCCCUUGGCGAGCCAUUGUCUUCCAUGACACCGCUUUCUUCGACGGCAGGUUCUUUGACGCCUCUUGCUGCAAAGCGGAAGACCCAUGUCAUGGGCAUUCUCAACUUGACGCCGGAUUCGUUUUCAGAUGGUGGCUUUCACGAUCGAGAUAACCUCGCUCAGACCAUUAUGAAUAUGGUCAAGAACGGAACUUCGAUUAUCGACGUUGGCGGCCAGUCAACUGCCCCUGGCCGACCAGAAGUAUCAGCCGAGGAGGAAGCAUCCCGCGUUGUGCCUGCUGUUCAGCUGAUUCGAUCGAUUCCUGAAGCUCGUGAUGUGGCUAUCAGCAUUGACACGUAUCGUGCAUCCGUUGCCGAGGAAGCCAUUGCUAGCGGAGCAGAUAUCAUCAACGAUGUUUCGGCUGGUCUGCUGGACCCAGAUAUGCUUUCUACCGUCGGCCGUCUUGAGAAAACGAUAUGUCUGAUGCAUAUGCGCGGGACACCGCAGACCAUGACAAAGUUGACCUCGUAUCCAGAUGGGCUUAUUCCCACAAUAGCAUCAGAGCUUCUCGAGCGCGUAGCAGCGGCCGAGGCAGCGGGUAUCCGGCGGUGGCGCAUGAUUCUGGACCCGGGUAUCGGCUUCGCCAAGACGGGAGAGCAGAACCUCGAGAUUCUUCGACGGCUGGAGGAGCUGCGAUACUGGCCGGGGCUUCAGGGCCUGCCGUGGCUCGUUGGAUCGAGCCGGAAGACUUUUGUCGGCAAGAUCACGGGAGUCACGGAGCCGAAGCAACGGACGUGGGGCACGGCGGCGACGGUGGCAGCGGCGGUUCAGGGCGGUGCGGACAUAGUGAGGGUACACGACACGCAGGAGAUGGGCAUGGUGGCCAAGAUGGCUGAUGCUAUCUGGAGGGUAUGAGACUAUGAGUACCUUGGGAAGAAAGAUUGCAGCUGGUUAGAUGUCUACGGUGUGUGUGUUGAAUAUGCAUGAAUAUAGAUGGAAGAGACAGAAUGGAAAUGCAUAUGCAGAAGGGAGGCAUCUAGAUUUAAUCAGUGGUCAAUGUCUUUUGAUAUCAACAUUUUUGACUCUCCAUUUAUAUUAUAUUAUAUCUUGCUUGGUUCUGAUUUUUUUUUAAGUCUAAACCAAAAUCACAC